UAUAAAAAUUAUAGAACCGUUUUGCAAGUUCCUACUUUGUAAGUACAAAUCCCUUCGACCUGAUUAUGCCGCCGCUUCGUGGCUGAUUUUCCAUUGAAUCGCAAAACUCCGAUCCAAGUAUAAUACCCAAAUCGACGCAUCUUAUCUUCUUAAGCUGAUCUCUCCAACUACUCCAUUCUCACAGAACAACCCAAACCCUAGCUCGCUUCAGUUGUCAUCAUCAUGGGUGACUACAACGAUGCCUUCAUGCGCAACCAAAACGCUGCCGUUCGCGGCACCACCAAGGGCCAGAACCGCGCUAAUGUUCUCCAGCUCAAACUGAUUGGGCAAAGCCACCCGACUGGUUUAACAGCUAAUUUGUUGAAACUAUUUGAGCCUCGACCUCCACUGGAUUUUAAACCCCCUCCAGAGAAGAGAAAAUGCCCAUCAUAUACUGGCAUGGCCCAGUUUGUCAGUCAAUUUGCUGAGCCUGGGGAUCCUGAGUAUUCUCGGCCCGUCCAGAAAGGUGAAACUCCUGCACAAAGAAGGGCUAGAAUUCACAAGUUACGAUUAGAGAAAGGUGCUGAGAAGGCUGCCGAGGAGCUUCAGAAAUAUGAUCCAAAUAAUGACUCAAAUAUUAUAGGAGAUCCAUACAAGACUUUGUUCGUUGCUAGGCUUAAUUAUGAGACAACCGAGAGUAGAAUUAAAAGGGAGUUUGAGUCUUAUGGACCAAUAAAACGGGUCCGACUGAUAACUGAUAAAAUGACGAAUAAACCUAGAGGCUAUGCUUUCAUUGAAUAUAUGCAUACUCGAGACAUGAAAGCUGCAUAUAAGCAAGCUGAUGGGAGGAAGCUUGAUGGCAGAAGGGUACUUGUGGAUGUUGAGCGGGGUAGAACUGUCCCAAAUUGGCGGCCUCGCAGACUAGGUGGUGGACUUGGAACUACACGAGUAGGGGGUGAAGAAGUUAAUCAAAGGUAUUCUGGGAGAGAGCUACAACAAUCGGGAGGAUCAUCUCGAUCUGAGGAGCCAAGGGUGCGAGAAGAUCGUCACAGUGAACGUGAAAGGGAAAAAUCUCAUGAAAGAGGAAGGGAAAGAGAGAGGGAACGGGAGAGGUCUCGUGAGCGCUCCCAUGACAGGCCAAGGGAACGUGACCAUAGAGAAGAUAGGCACCACAGAGAUCGUGACAGGGAGAAGGACCGAGAUAGGGAGAGAGAACGUGGACGGGACAGGGAUCGUGACCGUGCACGUGAUCGUGAUAGAGGCCGGGACCGUGGUCGGGACUAUGAGCGUGAUCGUGACAGAGAGCGUGGUCGGGAGCUUGAUCGUGAUCGCCCUCGGGAGAGGGAGAGGGAGAGGGAGAGUGAUUAUGAAGUUGGUGACCAUGGUCGUGGGCGUUCACAUGAUAGAGAAUCUGAUUAUGAUCAUGUUGACUCAAAACACGAGAGGGAUCGCCGCGCUGAAAGGGACUAUGAUCAUACUGAGCUAGAGGAUGACCAUGGUUGGUAUGAACAACCUGAGCAGGGGCACAGGCAGCCAGAUGCAGAGCAUGAUCAGCGUUAUGAUCAUUAUGAACGUCCCCGAAGUAGGGGACAAUAUGAUCAUAUGGAUGUUCGAGGUGACCAUGACCGUUAUGAUCAAUAUCCUGACCAUGAUCAUGAUCGUUAUGAUCAAAUGGAUGACGAUGAUUAUCACUAUGAUCGUGGAGCAUCCGAGUCACAUGAGAGAGAUCGUGAAUAUCGGCGCUCAAAGAGAUCACUUUCCCAGGACAAUGAUAACUGAAAGUGCAAGUUUGCUGUAAUCCUGCCGUUAUGCUUUAUCGGUAAGGUCACUGAAUUUAACAGAAGCCCUUUUUGCUCUAUAUUGCUCUGUCUUUCCUGCCUAAUUUGGUUUGAAUUAUAUAAAUGAGUUUAGGUGCGUGUUUGAUCAAAAGCUAGACUGGUUUGUUGUCUCUACUUCAAAAUAUGGCUGUUGAACUUCCCAUUUUAUGUGUAAGUGAAUAGGAUUCAAGUAUAUUUGGUCGUUUUGUUGGAUUUUGUUCCUAAAUUUGAAAUGACUCGGGAUAUUUGCCUUGCUUAGCUUCUUUUCUCAGAUUGCAAUACAAUGUUAUGCUUUAUUGGAAUUUAAUUUAUUUAAUUGGCAUCCGCAUGACUAUUUUUUA